ACAUUUUAGACUUAAACUAGAAAAAAAAUUAAAUUGUUUCCAUAGUACAAAAGUGUACUUUAAGAAGUUUGAAUGGGGUUUACAGCACCAUCUCCCUUGCAGUUACUUGCCUGAAGUCCCCUCACGUGGAUACUUGAAUGUUGGAGUACCAGCUUCUCUGCGGUGAAAAAGGCUCUUGAGUCUCUGAAUGCCAGAAAGGCUCAUCUUUCCUUUGUAUAUCUGGGUGGGGGGCGGGACACUCCUUACUGUGCAGUUUUUAGAUCUGUGUGGCUGAUCGUAUGUGGGCACCUGAGAGAUCUGUCUCAUUCGUGCUUCAUUCACGCGGGAUGUAGGACUGUUGCCCUCAUGCUCAACGGCUAUUCCACAGUCCCCUGCUAGCUCCACACCCUCCACACCUUUCAACUUUAUUGGUUAGAAAUCUGAAACAAUGGGUGACUGGAGCUUUCUGGGGAGACUAUUAGAGAAUGCGCAGGAGCACUCCACGGUUAUUGGCAAGGUUUGGCUGACAGUACUGUUUAUCUUCAGGAUACUGGUGCUGGGGGCUGCUGCUGAGGAGGUCUGGGGAGACGAGCAGUCAGACUUUACAUGCAACACUCAGCAACCUGGUUGUGAAAAUGUUUGCUAUGACAAAGCCUUCCCCAUUUCUCACAUCCGCUUCUGGGUCCUGCAGAUCAUUUUUGUCUCCACUCCAACCCUCAUUUACCUGGGCCAUGUCCUGCACAUUGUACGCAUGGAGGAGAAGAGGAAAGAGAAAGAAGAGCUGAAAAAGAAGGGAAGCGGCAAAGAUGGCAACUACGCAGUAGCAGCAGCAGCAUCUGGCAGUGGUGGCGGAGGAGGCAACAAUAACAUCAAGGAUCCUAUUAGCAAAAGGGGGAAGGAGAAGCUCCCAAUCCGUGAUGAACGUGGUAGAAUCCGUAUGGGGGGUGCCUUGCUCCGUACCUAUGUCUUCAACAUCGUAUUCAAGACGCUGUUUGAGGUGGGCUUCAUUGUGGGCCAGUACUUCCUGUAUGGCUUUGAGCUAAAACCAGUCUACCAGUGCAGCCGCUCACCUUGUCCACACACUGUCGACUGCUUCAUCUCAAGGCCCACUGAGAAGACCAUCUUCAUAAUCUUCAUGUUGGUGGUGGCCUCAGUCUCCCUGCUGCUGAACAUGCUGGAGAUAUAUCACUUGGGAUGGAAGAAGCUUAAGCAGGGCAUGACAAGCCAGUACAUCCUUGAGAUGCCCGUUGCAACAAUGACACCAGUUAUGGUCACAGGGGAGUCCAAACCUGUUUCCCUGCCACCACCAGCACCACCUGUGGUGGUAACAACUGCCGCACCACCCCCUGUUCUGCCUGACACCCGCGCUGUCACACCACUGCUGACCCCAGUCACCAUGGCAUCAUACUAUGCUACAGCUGCUCCGAGACCACGGCCCCCCUCCAACACAACCUCCAUGGCAAGCUACCCUGUUGCUCCACCAGUUCCUGAGGAGAGACACCGUGCCGUGACUCCCACGCCCAUCUCUACUCCUGUCACCAUCCCAACCCCCAUUCCCACACCCACCCCAGCCGCCAUCAGCUACUUCAACAGCAGCAGCCGUGCCCUGACAUCCGAGCAGAACUGGGUCAACAUGGCAGUGGAGCAGCAGGGGAAGGUUUCCUCCAGCUCAGCGGGCUCCUCUACCCCGAGCAGUGUCCGGCAUCACCUUCCCGAGCAGGAAGAGCCACUGGAGCAGCUACUCCCACCCCCAGCCGUGCUGCCCAUUGCUGCAGCCAACAGCGGCAGCAGCACCAGCCUGAGCGGGGCGAGCGGCAGCAAGUGGGAUGUGGAGGGCGAGGAGGAGCUGUCAGGGGCACGGCCCGUGUCGGCCGCCUGCACCACUGUGGAGAUGCACGAGCCACCGCUGCUCGUAGACACGCGGCGCCUGAGCAGGGCCAGUGAAGCUCGGGGGGAGAAAUGUAAGUCUAUCGCAACCCCUAAGAGAAGUCUGAGAGAGCAGCCUCUGCAUCCAAGCAGUACUGGUCUAAGAAAGCAAAGCUACAACUCACAGGUUGCGCUUUUAAGAUCAGCUUAAGUUCCAUCACAUAACUAUGCAGCGUCAAGCCUCUUCAUUACCUACAGUUUCAUUUGGAGUCCAGUAACUGUUUCUUCAUUUAAGCCCAGGUAACUGUUUUGGCCCAGGUAACUCCUCCUUAGUGCUUACAACUGCUUUUAGUUGCUGCAUCACAUCUGGGCUCAGAUUUGUUGAAAGAAAAGUCUUAUUGGUGUGGCCAAUUUUGAGCGCUCUAAUCUUUACUCAUGAAUGAACACUGCAUUCAAUGUCCUAUGAGUCAAGUAUAACUAUGGAGAAUUCCUCAGUUCUAGAAAGUAUGUACAAAUA